AGAUCUAGGCAUAUCGCUACGAAAAUGUAAUUCUCAGAUACAUUGAUUUCAGAACGGAAAUGUAUAAAAAGGAUGUCACACCUUGACUGGUACUAGAACCUACGAACUAUUUCUUUAAGAAGGCGGGGCUUUGAGCGUGUAAAAAUUCUGGUACAUAUGCUACUGUCAAAAUAAAGAAAAAAAAAAAACAAACAGUCGAAAAAAAUGGGAGGUCAAAAAACGAAGCGAAAUCGCAGUAAGGCAAAAAAUCGCAGCUCCAGAAAGAGAGAUCAACAAAAAGAAGUAGCCCACACCACACUGAGCGACACCAUAACUCUGGAUGACACUGUGCGUCAUUUAAACGACUUAAGUAUUUCAGACUAUUCUACACCUGUCGCUACAUCUACAAGCAAGCAAAUAUCAAACGACGUCGAAUCAAGAUUGCCUGGCGGUCCCCUUCCAACAUUUACCGCUUCGACUUCCGGGGCAGAGAGAGGCGUGACGAACCGGAAGAACAGGAAAUCAAAACAUCCUCCUUGCAGUCAGAGGACGGAGGUCACAGUCUACGACGCGUCGUUCGCCAAGCAACAAGUGGUACGACAUUUUGGAACUUGCGUGGUGUGUCACAGACAGGGCUACUUCCUGAAACCCUGCAGCCGAUGCCUAGAAGCUAAAUGCUGCAGCAAUGAAUGCCUUGGUGCCCACUGCAUAAUGGAUGACCAAAGAGUUAUUUGUAUACGUAACGUGUUAUUCACAAAUGCAAGAAAGUAUAUUCCCCUUGCUCUGAAGGAAAACAUGUACAACAAAGGUUUCGCAGAGAUUAGUUCCCAUCUUUACAGUAUUCCAAAGGCAGAAGUGUUUACUAUGAUGGGCGGCUCAAGAAGAGCAGUUUUACUGCAGGUCCUGAAACAGAGCAUUGUGGACUUUAUUAUCAUACAGCUUGUUGUACAAGACAGUGAUGGCCGUCAGACCAAACUGAACAUACACCCACCGCCCAACACCCCACUUGUAUCCCUGGGUGCCUGGUUCAACCAGAUGGACACUCUGCUCCCCCCUGGCACUUUUCUUUUAUUGUUUGCCGUCCACUGGAACAACCACGUGAACGCGGCGUCAGCAGCCGUUGACAUAGUGUCGCCCCAGCAGCAGCUGCGAGUGAUUCCCGAUACAAAAGAAAUAUUCAGCUCUAUUACCAAGAAAGACGUGGAAGCUUUCAACCGGGUGUCCUUUAAGUCCAGGUGAUAGCAGAGUUUAUUGAUGGAACAUGAACUCAUCUGUCAAGCUGUGACUCGUUAAGAAUCGAGAGGAAAUUGGAUGCUCAUGUGUAUUUGUGCUCUACUUAUUAAAUAUGAACAGACUUUUAUUUGCAAGUGUACAAAAAAACAACCUUAAAAGACAUAACUUAUAAAUUAAAAAUAAUAAGCCAUUGAAAAUUCCACUCUAUCAGGAAGAAAUGAAGAAACUAAUAGUAAAUAAACCAGAUAUUGACAAGCUUUAACCCGAAAUACAAUCAAGUUGACGCCUACCAAGACACGACCAACGUAUAAUUAUGUAUCGUUAUACAGGGCACAACAAAAUGAGACGUUAAAAACUGAGGCUAGUGAAAAUUGUCCUUGUGGAGUGUCCCUAGCGGAUGCCGGCCAUGACAUUCAAAACUGUAUUCUUCACUGACCCUAAAACAGCCCUCUCGAAGAAAACCUAAGCGGAGAGUUACCCGAUCUGGAAACUAGAAGAACUCACAAACUAGAACAGCAUACCAGUCAGAAACAAAGGAACUUAAAAAUAGUUUAAAACAUAUUUGAUUUUUAAAACAUUUUAUUAUAAUAUUGUUUGGCUUGGAAGGACCACAGCGUCUUCCAAAAUCCUCAAAGUUCAAUAGAAACGAGCCUUACAACCUCAUUAUCCAUUACAGCACUGCCUUACAGCCAAACUUCAACAUGAACUGCCGUAUAUUUAAAUGUAAGUUAGUAUAGACCCUUUUUUAAACAAGAUCUGAGUUGAUGAAUUGUGAUGAAUUCCUUCCUGUAAAUACCAGAGACAGGAGAAACAAUGUGUACAACAGUUCCUUAAACGCUCAUUUACUUUAAGUAUUUACUGUAUUUGUUUCCCCUAAGUCCAGUUAAGAUAAAUUACAACUAUUCACUGGCAGGAUUCUCUUCAGAAACAAACUCUUUCUGUCAUUAGAAUGUAUGUCGUAUGCCGCCACCAACUUCUGAUGAUGUUGUUUUCAUUGAAAGUUGUUUUAAUAGAAAGUAAAGUUCCCCUUUCAGACCUUGUGAUCUAUAGAGCAGAUGAUGUAAAGGUCAUCAGUUUCUGUGGCCCACGAUUAGCGAGAGUGUCAUGUGGCCAGCACAAAGACUAAACGUAUUUACUUUUCCACAAAUAAUAUCAAAUGAAAAGUACUUUCUCAAUAUUUAAAACAGAGUUAUUAUUUUUUAAAUAUUAUUUUGUUUUAUUUCUGUAUAUAGGUGUUAUGCCAAUCUUUACUCCGGUGCUUUUGUGUAUUUUGUUUUAUGUGCUUAGGUGCUUAAAUAUGUGUGUUUAUGUAAUAAUCAGCGAUGACAUUUCAAUUUGUAAGAUAGAGAAAGAGAAAAAAAAGAAACAGAGAGAGAUAGAUAGUGAGAGAAGGAGAGAGAGAGAGAGAGAGGGGGGGGGGAUAGACAGAAAGACAAGGAGAAGAUUGAGAGACUUAUUAAAUUAUGAAAGAAAUUUGUAUUGAUGUCUUGUAUACUUAUCUCUAUUGAAUGAUGCAACUUUAUUUCUUUUGUCCCUACUCAGUGCAAUCUGUUCACUUAAUACACUAUGUCUAAAAAGUAAACCACAAUGUGAAUCAAAACUUA